UUCUCAACCAACCUCACAGGCUCCGACCUUGAACCCACUGCUGCAGUCUGUUUGAUACAGCGUCAACCAUCCACCAUGCGAGGAGAGAUCUGCCACCUCCACAUCGGCCAGGCCGGUACCCAGCUCGGUAACAGCGCCUGGGAGCUGUACCUUCUUGAGCACGGUCUCAAGGCUGACGGUCGCCCGGACCCCGAUGCGAAGGAGCUCAACGAGGGCGGCUCGUUCGAGACCUUCUUCACGGAGACUGGCAGCGGCAAAUACGUUCCUCGCUCCAUCUUUGUCGACUUGGAUCCCUCUCCCAUCGAUGAGAUCCGCACUGGUACCUACCGCCAGCUGUUCCACCCUGAGCUGUUGAUCAGCGGCAAGGAGGAUGCUGCCAACAACUACGCUCGUGGUCACUACACCAUCGGCAAGGAGAUGGUCGACAGUGUGAUUGAGAAGAUUCGCCGUGUCGCCGACAACUGCUCCUCGCUCCAAGGUUUCCUUAUCUUCCACUCCUUUGGUGGAGGUACAGGUUCUGGUUUCGGUGCUCUCCUCCUCGAGCGCCUUUCCACCGACUACGGCAAGAAGUGCAAGCUGGAAUUCGCCGUCUACCCUGCUCCUCGCGUCUCUACCUCCGUCGUCGAGCCCUACAACGCUGUCCUCUCGACCCACAGCACCAUCGAGAACUCCGACUGCACAUUCCUCGUCGACAACGAGGCGGUCUACGAUAUCUGCCGUCGCAGCCUGGAUAUUCCUAGGCCCAACUACGAGCACCUCAACCGUCUGAUUGCCCAGGUUGUCAGCUCCAUCACCUCCUCCCUACGAUUCGACGGUGCGCUCAACGUUGAUCUCAACGAGUUCCAGACCAACCUUGUGCCCUACCCGCGUAUCCACUACCCUCUUAUCAGCUACGCGCCCGUCAUCUCGGCCAAGAAGAGCUCCCACGAGAGCUUUAAGGUCAGUGACCUUACUUUCCAGUGCUUCGAGCCCAACAACCAGAUGGUUGUUUGCGACCCGCGCAACGGAAAGUACAUGGCUGUUGCUCUGCUGUACCGUGGUGACAUCGUUCCCCGCGACUGCACUGCUGCCGCUGGUGCGCUCAAGGCCAAGUCCUCUUUCAACUUGGUCGAGUGGUGCCCUACUGGUUUCAAGCUCGGAAUUAACUACACUAAGCCCAUCAGCGUUCCCGGCAGCGAGCUUGCCGCUGUCGACCGAAGUGUUUCCAUGCUUAGCAACACCACCGCCAUUGCUGAGGCCUGGUCGCGUCUUGACCACAAGUUCGACCUCAUGUACUCCAAGCGUGCUUUCGUUCACUGGUACGUUGGUGAGGGUAUGGAGGAAGGAGAGUUCUCCGAGGCUCGUGAGGAUCUCGCUGCUUUGGAGAAGGACUACGAAGAGGUUGCUAGCGACUCUCUCGAUGACGAGGUUGAGGAGGGUGAAUACUAAGCGUUAUACCACUGUCACGAAGGGAGGGCUUGGACGUUUUGUUGGGUUCGAUAUGCCAAGUUGUCGCCGUCGUAGUGUUCUGAGAUAGAAAGGCAAGUAGACAAUAUGUCCACACAUCAACACAAGGCAUCUUGGUAUUACA